AUGUCAUCAACUCACGAAAAAGAAGAUCCAAAUAUAGAGACAACAAACAGAGUAGUUGCAGAAGAAGAUAAACAAGAGUCUACAACAAAUGAAGAUCAACAGUCCACACUGAGAGACAAGGAUAAGACAGAGGAAAUACUUAAAACUAAUGAAGUUAUUGAAGAGGAUAAAUCAAUACAAGAUAAAUCACCUAGGAAAGGCAAAAUACAACAAGAAAGCACUGAUCUUACAACGGAUAAUGAAAAGAACAUUGACGAUGAUGGUCCAAAAAGUACAACUUCCAAAGAAUCUCCUGGAAAAGACAUGAGUUCUUCUCCAUCACUAUGUGACAAAGAAGAAUUUGGAGUGCUUGGUCAGUCUAGAGCGGUUAACACAGGCGCACAAAACACCCCCAAUCAAGAAGUAGUCACAGUGAAAUUUAUUUUGGAAAAUUCAGAAACGUUCGCUUGUGCUUUUAAAAUUACCUCAAACAUACAAGAGGUAAAAGAGCGUUUAUCAGAUGUGCUGAAUCUGAACUUUGACUCGAUUAAGUUGGAAAAAGAUGGGUUCGACGUGGAUGACUGGUUACCUUUGCAAGGUUUAGGUGUCGAGCCGUUUGGUUCUCUCGAGUUGAAACUUACAUCGACUCAACCGGGGAAAUGCAUAACUGCGGCUAGUGUAAGCGAGUAUAUCCCCACGGUGGACGUGAUUACUGUACACAUCUGGCAGGAUGGUACCUUCAAGGAUCUCAUUGUGGAGAUUGAGAAUCAAUGUGUACAGAAGGAAUGGCUGGGUGGGUACAGGAACAAACUGACCAAACUAGAGUACCAUCAUGCAUUCUCACAGACCGCUCCCAGAGAACGCAAAGUGUUUGAUUACCCUGAGCCAGGAGUUGGCGUUCCACUUUUGUUCCAUCGAGACACUCAGACGCCUUUUCCCCUUAAAGAGUCAAAAAUAAACACUUCAUCUGAAAAAAGCACACAAGUGUACAAGAGCGAUCGGAUCAUUCCUAAAAUAGCGGAUAAAGUUAUAUCAGCCAAACCUUAUCAGUCUUACGCGGAAUGGCUUGUGGUUAACAAUGUUGAAGAAAAGGUUAUGAAGAUUCAAAGAGCUGUACGACACUGGCUACAUCGUUGUCGAGUAAAUAAACUAUUUGCAUUGCAGCGAUACCUCUUGGAAGAUGUGAAACGCCAACGCAUUGAAAUGUUGAAAGAGCAGGCGGAAAAAGAAGAGAAGAUUCUAACAGACCCGUUUCCAUCGAAAAGAGACGACUUUUACAUGAUGUACCUGAUGGUGGGCAAAUGGUGGCAAAAAGAAUGGCAGAGGAUUUGCGAUAUGAAAACGGAAGCGCCGAAAAAAGCUGAGUUUGUUGCGCUUUUAGAAAAAGAAAUCAAGUUGUUAUCUGCAAUUGAAAAACAUCGAAUUGAAGUCAAACGAGAGGCACUGAAAAGACAACAAUUGAGAUUUCUCGAGAUGUCUUCUCGUCCUUUGACCUUCAGGAACGCUAACGGGCAACUGACCACCAUAGAUGACCCUGCGACCCAGAGAGCGAGAGAGUUCAAGGAAGUCUACACAGAUUUGGUGCGAACAGAUGUCACACCCAAGGAUAGAAUUGACUUCCUCAUUACUCUGAAGCAACUCAUGUCAAAUUACUCUGCUUACGAGUACACAAAAGAUAUUAUUAAGUUAAUCGACCGAGAGAUAAAUUUACUAGCAAUAGGUACAAAAGACGCUGACUUAUCCAUGCUGAGAAAGAGAAUCGAACAGCUCUAUAUGGAUUUCCUCCAUCAUCCCCAGUUCAAUCCAAAAGUUGCGAGUUAUAGGAAACCCAACUGGACCAAGAAACAUGAUGCGCUCUAUAAAUGUACAAGAUGUAUGAAACUACUACCUGCAUCUAGAUAUCCUGUUCAUACCAGGAUGAAAGCCUACACUGUAUGCAAGUCUUGUGAUUGGUUGCAGAAUGUGGGACACCAGCGGAUAGACAUGACACCCUACAUGAGGCUACUCAAACAGGUACAAACCUCAGAGAUGCAGAAGAACUGCUACUCUUCCGUCUGCUUCGUGUUUCAACAAAUCGGGAUGUUUUUCCUGACCAGCGUUAUUUGGCACGGGCACUCAGCCAUCAGCGAAGACCGAGACUUAGCCAAGCUGACCCACGUAAGAUGGCAACGCGAGGUCGAAUGGUCUCCUUGGAACACUAUCCUUCUGACGGAAGAAGAAGCGGAAUGCCACAUCAACAUUGAGAAUGUUGGAAAGUUCUACGACAAAGUAUUCACCGAAGCUGUCAGACAGAAGCAUAUUCUAGCGCGAAUCCAUUUUACACCUCUGCUCAAGACAGAUAAGCAUCUUAGGAGCACGGGAGUCUGGGAGAAGAUCACUGAUAUCGUACCUCCACCACCGAAAGUGGUGCCGCUUAAGCCGCAGAUUGUAUUUAAAGAGUAAAUAUUAUGAUUGGUUGUAGCUUCCUGCUUAGUAACCUGCUUAUGGUAAUUCCUUAUGCCGUGUCAUUGACAUUUUGGAUCCUGAAAUAGACAUACCAUCUAUAUGGAGCAGCUGUAGCCUCCUUUUAUAAAAAAAACAUCAAUUGAGUUAUAUCAGAAUUAUGUUUUCUCCCUUAUAAUAAUUGUUUACAUUUUUAAAGAUGAU